AUGAGGGUCUCAGCGGCAUUCAUGGACCUCCCCGCCCCCGAUAUGAACCCGGGGCGCCCCCAGAAUGUUCAUGAGGGCAACAUAUUUGACCAUGAGGGUGUCUCCGAGGGGAUUCCACCAUUGUCAUCCCAUCUGGAGCUUGUGGAUGACAAUAUACCCUGGGAAAAUUGGGGAUCACCAGCACUGCCUCAGGAAGAGGCAGUAUGGGCAAUAGCCGGGGCUACGGAAACAGUUCAUCAAAAUGCCAGCACUGCCCUGGCUUCAAAUCGAACUCGAUCUGGCCGUCGUAUCACCCAACCAGCUGCUCAAGAAGUUGAGCCUGUGGCAACAAAAGGGCCGCCUAUCAAAGCGGUAGCAAAAAAGCGGAAGCGUUUGAACCGCCAGGUGAAUAUAAUUUGCACCGAGUGUUACCGAGGACACAGCCCGUCGAACAAUUUGAUUGUUCUAUGUGACUCAUGUGAUGCUCCGUGGCAUCAGAAAUGUCACAAGCCAAAUAUCGGUAAUGAGGUUAUCGAAAUCCCGGAGAUGAAUUGGUUUUGCAUCAAGUGUAAACCUGAGCAACGUCAGACGACCCAGACCAAAUCUCAAAAGAAGGCUGUAACGAAAGUCAAAAAAGUUGGACUCCCGAAGAAGCAGCCUGUGUCUGAAUCUCAAAUUGGUGGCAAUCAUUAUUCAGAAGAAGAACGACGGGCAUAUCUGUCAUCUCUCUCUCAUGAUUCCCUAGUUCAGCUUGUAGUUAAAGUCUCAAACGAGUGGCCGUCGGUUCCUAUGUUUCCCGCCAACAUGCAACCCGUGACUGAUUUCACUCUCACACCCUUUGCAAUGCCACACAGCCAUACGGCUUCCAACCAUAUGCCAAAGAAACCCCCUCGUUCUGCAUUACUCGAUUGUGAAGAUUUGAAACCCCCGUCUGAGAACCCUAACGCCAUGGAUUCAAGUCAACGGAUGAGCAAGGCUCCUGAUACCGCGGCCCUUGAAGCUACUGCCCUGGAUACCGAUAAACUCUUUGGUGAAGUCGUUUCCGAUGCUGCCCCGAACCCUGCUCCUCCAGCGGCUCUUGGUAGCAUCACCGCGGACCAAAUUUUCGCCGGAAUUUCUCACGCGCAUGCUUCCACAGCUGCUCCCCAGCCUUCUACCGCGACAACUCCACAUCAUUCUUUUAGACCUACGCGGAGAUUUACAUCUCAAGGUGCGCCUGCAGCUACACGUACUCGCAAGGCCUCUUUCGACUCCUCGAACUCAGACCUGACCACCGACAACGAAUCAUCAUACUCCCAAUCACGACUGCAAUCUCCCACUCUAUCUGUGUCUCGGUCUUCACACGUUGGAUCCCAGCAUGAAUCAGAUUAUGACCCUGAAGAUUACCGCGCUUACCCCGAAGCUGGUCAGGGUUUCCACGUGCCGUCGACCCCAAGUGAUCUCAACAUCAUGGCUGAGGACAAGAAUUGCCUUACCUUUAGUCAUUCCAUCCGAGGGUCAGCUAAGGAGGCUCGGAAUAAGAAGCCUUAUUCGCCACUGGGUCAGCGCAAGCAGGAGUGA